AUGGACACUUAUUUGCCACACAUGAGAGCUGGUGGCAUUUACAGGCUCCAUAAUUUUUUCGGGUCUAAUAACAAGACAUUGUAUCGGGUAUCCGAGCCAAGUGUCACCAUCACCUUCUCAUCGACCUCUGUCCUCUCUGAACUAGAGGACUGUUCGGUUUGUUUCCCUGGGGACCGUUUCCGAUUCUAUGGAUAUGAGGAGUUCAAUGCUGCAUGCGACUUGAAAGGGGAUCUUUAUGAUUAUGUUGGCCACAUCAAACUUGUGAAUGGGCAGGUCCUCAAUGACAGUCUCGUGGUAGAUGAAGCCGAGAUAGCUUCAACCCGACGAGUUCUGCUUCAUGUUCAAACACAUGAUGGUCCGGUGAUGAAGAUGUACCUCUGGGACAAGGCUGCUUCAGACUUUGGUGAAAGAUUCAAGGCGUCUGGAGGAACUGCGAGUGUUGUCUUCAGGUUGAACUCGAACUUGGAUGUUGCUAAGAGAGUUGAUGCAAACGUUGUCACUAAGACUGAGACAGUGACCAUAGGCGAGCUCUUUUCUUAUGUGAAGCAGGCAGAUGCUAAGGUUGCUUGGUUUGAGUGCAUAGCAACCAUUGAUGUUGUACACGGUUCGAGAUGGUAUUACAUAGGCUGUGGUGGGUGCCACACAAAGGCAACCAAAGAGUCUACCACCCUUAUGUGUAAAAAGUGUGGGAAGAGUGAUAUUGUUGGUGUUGCACAGUACCUAGCCAAGAUAUCUGUGUACGACAAUAAUGACCAGGCGGUUUUUGUGCUCCUUGGUGACUCUGGUCAUGAGCUGUCUGAGAAGAAGGCUUCUGAGUUGGUUGAGAGUUAUUUCGAGGCCAACGAGGAUGAAGGAUCUGAUCACUUGGUUUCGGUCCCUCAAGCUCUGAUUGAUACCAUAGGACAGACUCGCAAGUUCAUUGUGAAGGUAUCAACCCACAAUUUGACUGGCAAGACCCAAACUUUGACUGUGACAAAGGUGCUCACUCCAGAAGACCCAGAUAUUGGAGUCAAUUUAGAAGAAUCCGAUGGUGAAAGGGUGAAAAGGGCUGCUGAAAAUAUUGAGGGAGAAGAGCCCAAGAGAGCCAAAUGUGGCUAAGGUGUGAUUAGUGGUGGUUUUAUGAUUACUAAAACUCUAUGCUUCAUUUCUUUUCAUUUUCAGACCUUGGUUUUGCAACAUUGAACUUAUCUUUCUUAAAAUAACGAUGGUUACACUCAUUUUUAAUGUUUUUUCUUCAAGUUUGAUGUUUGGUUAUUUUACUUUUGUUAUAUCUGAUGCUUUUUCCAUCUUUGAUUGAGCCUUUAACUUUUAGUUUGCUUGCUUGAUUUUUUUCUUUCGAUACUCCCUUAAACAGAACAUGUUAUAACUGAGCCUGCACUUAAUCAUUUCUCUGAAAAUGAGGAAACUAAGAUUGUUAGUAGGCACAGAGAAUGGCUGUGUUUUACCAAUCAAACUUUAAAAUGAUUAAGAAAAAAAUGAAAGUGAUGCAGUCAAUGUGUUUAUUUCGCAGUAGAUCAUACAUGCACAUUAUUUUUAAGUAUUUUGUAGUAGCUAUGAGAGCAGCCGUUUUUAUAUAAAAACAUUUUUUUUUUAAUAUGAAAGCUUUGUUUUUUUUUGACGACUAAUAUGCAAGCAAUGUUAUAUUUGAAUAUAAAAGCUUUGUUAUUUUUUUGAACUUUAAACUAUGUUUUAUAUAAAGUUUUUUUUAACUAUGUUUUAUAUAAAGUUAAAAAAUGUUUAAUUGAUUUUUUGUCAACAUGUUUACACGAUUAUACUUUGUUAUUAAUUGGUCACGCCUCUUGAAUCAAAGACUCGAAUAUAAAUCGCAUAGUUGGUCAAUUUUAAGUUCCAGUUUCUUCUCUAGGCAUAUGCAAAAGGAACAUUUGCAUUAGAUCCAAAAUUUUUUGAAAAACAUCUUAUAACAAUUAAAGAUUUCAAUAGUUUAAGAUUCAUUUUGCAAAACUGUUUUGUUUGUCCUCAUAGAACUAAAAUUUGCCCAAGGUUCAUAUAAAUAAUAAGACGGGCAUGGUUGCAGUAAUAGGAGAAACCUGAGUAGAGUAAGGAAAGAAUUAGUAGAGUAAGCACUGCUAUAUCAGAAAAAUAUUGUGAUUAAAAAAAAAAAACACUGAAUGCAUCAAUCAUAAUGGCGUCUCUAUUUGAUUUGUUUAUCAUAAGCAAGUCUUUUUAAUUACCAUUUCAAAACAUCGGACCGGCUGAAGUUAAACCCAUACACACAAGAAUAUAGAGCGGUGCGCAUCAAACAACAGAAAGAAGGAGAGUCAGAAGUCAUAACAACAAUUUCAUUAACUCAGGACAAUAAAACCAAACGUGUAACUUACAACCGUUAUGGAAAACUGAUAAUGCAGUCAACUUACCUCAGCCCUUAUCACCAUAUAAGCAUGAGCAAACCCCUGUACAUUUAGAGUUCUCGAUUUAGUUUAUCAUCAUGAACCACCAACCACAUGUUUCCUAUUCCUUUUCCUCAGAGA